CAAAGAAAUCAACUGGUUUAUACCAGCUCAUGAUAAAGAUAUUGGAUAAUGCAUAUUGGAUUUUGAAGGUCACUAGUCAAUUGGGUUUACUGCGUUACAAGGAUUAGUAAGCGAUGGAAGAGAUUGGGCUAGCUACGCAGAACUCAAAGGAAUCGGAGAUAUUUGAAUGUUCAGGAGUAAAUUUUAGCUAUGUAGAUCCUCUUCAGCUUAGCGAGGAAGAUCUGUAUGUAAAAUUGAAGAGCCUUAGGAAGCAGAUUGAGUUCAUUCAGGUUCAAGAGAAUUACAUCAAAGACGAACAAAAAAACUUGAAGAAGGAGUAUUUGCAUGCUCAAGAAGAAGUCAAACGAAUCAAAAGUGUUCCUCUCGUUAUUGGGCAGUUUCUAGAAGCUGUCGAUCAAAGCACUGGAAUUGUAGGAUCCACAACUGGUUCGAACUACUACGUCCGGAUAUUAUCCACAAUCGAUCGCGAGCUGUUGAAACCAAGUGCCAGCGUCGCCCUCCACAAACACAGCAAUGCCUUAGUUGAUGUCCUUCCUCCAGAAGCAGACAGUAGUAUUACAAUGCUUCAAGCUGAUGAGAAACCCGACGUAUCCUACGCCGAUAUUGGUGGUAUGGAUAUUCAGAAGCAGGAAGUGAGAGAAGCUGUUGAACUGCCUCUAACUCAUUUCGAAUUAUACAAGCAGAUUGGAAUUGAUCCACCUAGAGGAGUUUUAAUGUAUGGUCCUCCAGGUUGUGGAAAGACAAUGUUAGCCAAAGCAGUCGCCCAUCAUACUACUGCUGCCUUCAUUCGUGUUGUUGGAUCAGAGUUCGUUCAAAAGUAUCUGGGAGAAGGUCCUCGGAUGGUUCGUGAUGUAUUUCGUUUGGCCAAAGAAAAUGCUCCAGCAAUAAUAUUUAUUGAUGAAAUCGAUGCUAUCGCCACUAAACGAUUUGAUGCUCAAACUGGAGCCGAUCGUGAAGUACAGCGUAUUUUGUUAGAAUUGUUAAACCAAAUGGACGGGUUUGAUCAAAAUGUAAAUGUAAAGUUUCUGAUAAAUUGUUUCGUUUUCACGAAAGUUUAUCCUGAAUUAAGUCUACGGUCCCAUUCUUCAACAACUAAAAAACACGAUGCAAGUUCAAAUAAUGCCGACUUGUUCAAUAUUUCAUAAAUCUUAACUCACAUUUUUCAGUUGUGGUAAUUGUUUAAACAAGUAGUAGUCACACUGUUUAAUGUAUUUUCACUAGCUCAUAAUAGUGUAAAGGAAUUUUCGGGCACGCGAAAAUUUCAACAAUAAUUCUUAUUGUCUCUUGUACUCAUAGUCAUAGUACUUAUGAUCUGAAGCUGAAAGAGGAUUGCAUUCACAAUAGAUCGAAACAGGUAUUUUCAAUAUUCUAAUUUCAUGUUAACCGAUAUACAAUGGUUUUUAUAUGUCCUAACUAGACACAAGAAAAAUAUCACAAGAAAAC